GAGCCUAUUCAAAAAUCAAAGGCCUUUCUUUUUAGACGACUACUGAAAUGGGAAGAGAGAAGGAAGUUCCAGGUCGAGAUAGUCACCUCAGUCCACAGAAGAAGGGAAAAAGGACCAAGAGCGAACAUCUGUCCGCAGCUCCCUCCUGCCCUGUUCUUCAGCAGUACUUCAUCAAUCAAUCUCCUACUCUUACUGUUUUUCCAGGAUCAUAUCACUUUGGAAAUGUCCGGCCAUGCUCAGUGCUUCAAUAACCCACCAAUCCUAAACCCCAGCUACAGUGCGGGUGAAGUUGAGGAGCUUGCUGGCUUCCAAACCUACGUUACUGGCUCCCCUGACUCCAACCUCGCCAUCCUUCUCAUACACGAUGCUUUCGGGUAUGAAGCACCCAACUUGAGGAAGCUGGCAGACAAAGUUGCGAGCUCUGGAUUCUUCGUGGUGGUGCCUGACCUGUUGUAUGGCGAUCCAGCUGAUCUGGGCAACCCUCAAUUUGACCCACAAGCCUGGCUGGCUACUCACCCCUCAGACAAAGGAUGUGAAGAUGCCAAGAAAGUAAUUGCAGAGCUUAGAAGCAGAGGAUUUUCUGCAAUUGGGGCAGCUGGUUUCUGCUGGGGUGGGAUGGUGUUGGUGAAACUAGCAAGUGGUACUGAACUUCUGGCUGGAGUCAUACUCCAUCCUGGCCCUAUCACAGUUGAUGAGAUCAAUGCUGUCAGGAUUCCAACUGCUAUAUUGGGUGCUGAGAAUGACCAUAUCUUCCCAGCCGACCAGUUAGAACAGCUUGGACAUGUACUGGCAACGAAAUCAGGACAAUUUGAGAGCUAUGUGAAGAUAUUCCCAGGCGUUUCCCACGGGUGGACGAUGAAGUACAAGGAAGAUGAUGAUUCAGCUGUGAAGGUUGCUGAAGAGGCACAUCUAGAUAUGUUGAAUUGGUUCCUUAAAUAUGUUAGGAAAUGAGUUUAGUGCCUCAUAUCUUUGUGUUAAAACUUGUGAAGGUAUAGGGUUUAAUGAAAACUCAAUUCUCUUAGCUUACUAGUUUGGAUCCAGUCCUUGGGUCGGAGUAAGGCCAAAUGGAAACCCAACCAAAAUAUUUAGGUUGUUUUUUUUUUAAUUAUUUGAAGAUUUUGUUGCAAAUUUGAUAUUUGACAGUUUUGAUUGAUCGCGUGUAUAAAUUUAGUAAGUUUUAUACAUCUCAAUCAUGAGUACAUGACUGAUGAAUAAUUGUCUCUGUCAUUUUA